CUGAGGCUCAGACGCUUCUCAUCCAGAAAGACGCGUCUGGAGCAGCUGCACGAGGACCGGGUCAGCCUGAAAACGGAGUGGGAGCCCCGGUUUCUGCUCUCUGAUGCAGAGAUGGAGAAAUGGCCGCCGGUGGCCUGGAUCCUGCUGCUGACCGCCCUGAUUGGCCGGCCGAGGGCCGCUCGGGGGCGGGACUUCAGCAUGAAGGACAUCGUCCUGCUGCACCCCUCCACCACGCCGCAUCCGGGAGCCUUCAAGUGCUUCACCUGCCAGGACGCUCCGGACAACUACGACUGCAACCGCUGGGCCCCCGACCAGUACUGCCCCCCACACGCCCGUUUCUGCCACACGCUGCACAUGAUGGACGCCGCCGGCCGCAGUCUGUCGGUCAGCAAACGCUGCGCCGCCCCGGAAAGCUGCAGCCUCACCGGCUGCUCCCCGCUCAACGCCGCCCGCCAGGUAACGCCCGCCAGUAAACGCCCGCCAAGUAAACAGGUAAACGCCCGCCAGGUAAACGGCGUCCAGGUAAACGCCCGCCAGGUAAUCGCCAGCCAGGUAAACGCCCGCCAGGUAAACGGCGUCCAGGUAAACGGCGUCCAGGUGUGCACCUCCUGCUGUGAGGGAAACAUCUGUAACGUGUUGCUUCCCCGGAACAGCAGCAGCGCCGUCUUCUCCUCCAGAACGCCGCCGCUCAGCAACGCCCCGAGGCUCCGGAGAGAGGCCAUGAUGCUCCUCCUUCUCCUCCUCCUCCUCCUGCUCCUCCUCUAA